UAGAUGGUAAAAAAUAUUGAAGGGAAAUUAGGUUUUGUCAUUGCGUCGUCUUGUACAAAUACAAAUGGCGCCAGGAGAAGGUCACCAAAACGACGCUGUUUCAUCACUACACGCGCCGCCGCAGCCAAUCCUUCCGAUUGAGAUCGUGGAAGAAAUCAUAAUCAGGUUGCCGGUGAAGUUCAUCUCGCAACUUCGGUGUGUCUGCAAGUCCUGGAACGCCCUGAUUUCCGAUCCCAAAUUCGCCAGAAGGCACCUUCGCCGGUUCAACCGCCGCAUACUCAUCGUAAGGUUCGAGAACAGCCAUUUCAUGUCUUACCCGCUCCCCUCCGUUCUCAAUGCCGCCACCACAGGUGGCACGCGACUCGAUAACCCACUGAAAUACGGUAACCGUGAUUAUUCGAUUAUUGGCUCCUGCGAUGGCAUCAUCUGUUGUAGCAAUUUCAGUAUUGAACUUGGUCAUUCCUUUGUAGUAUGGAACCCUUCAAUUCGAAAACUCUGGGAAUUGCCACCUUUGGAAAAUAGAGUGAUAGUUCAUUCGUAUGGGUUUGGUUAUGAUCAUCUAUUGGAUAGGUUUAAGCUGGUUGUGAUAUGGCCACGCGGUUACAAAACUCAUUUCAUGGUUCAUACUUUGGGAUCCAAUUCUUGGAGAAGGAUUCAGGAUUCACCUUGUAUCCCUUAUUGGGCCUCUCGUGAUUAUGGAAAAUUUGUGAGCGGUGCAGUUAAUUGGUUGACAAGUGACGGUGAUGAUGGUUUCAAUUUUGGCCACUGUAUUAUUUCUCUUGAUUUGGGGAAAGAAUCGUAUCAAGAAUUUUUGCAGCCUGAUUAUGGAAUUAAGGUUUACUACUUGACCAUGGAUGUCAUGAGAGAUUGCUUGUGCUUACUUGCUAAUUGGCAGGAUGUUUGGGUUAUGAAGGAGUAUGGAAAUAAUGAGUCAUGGACUAAAUUGUUCCGUUUACCUCCUUCUAACUCCUUUUCUAAAAUUCCCUACUAUCUGGGUAACCUUGCAGUUUAUGUUUCUGAGGAUUAUAGAUCCCUCUUAGGUUAUAAUUAUGAAAAUGGCACUUUUAGGAGUUUUGAUCUUGAAAACAAACCUGGAAAAAUCAAAGAUAUGUAUGUCGAAAUUGAGAGCUUGAUUUCACCUUGUCCUCCAAAUUAACCCUUUGCAGUUCUGGAUGAAGUUCUUGAAGAAUGUAUCUUAAAUUUUUUAUGUUACAUUCUUCAAUUAGUUAUUAUUAAUUUUGCUUUAUUUGUUAAAUUUUCGCUUUCCUUAUCCAUUUUGUUUACGGACAUGUCAGCAAGUAUGAUUUCCUUUUUGGCAAUAAUGUAUUUCUAAUGUAAGAUGAAGUGUCUGGUGCUCAUACACUCAAAUGACAAGUGUUGAACAUCUCUUUGCGGUGUGAAUAUAAAAUAUUGCAAUUCGGGCCCUUGAGUCGACACUCAUAUGUUUUAAAAGCUAAAAGCAUAAGACAUACUUUGGAUAUGAUAGUUUGAAGGACUAUCACUGAAUUUAAGACCCUAACCAUGGAGGUCAUAGCUAAUUUGUGAAUUGCUCCUAUGCCAUCACAUAGCUUGCUUCCAGCUACUCUUCAACUUGCUAACUAACUUCCUGAGAAUAUUUGAUGGAAGGCCACUGCCAAGUAGCCCCUUUCUUUGGACAUUACCAGGUGUGACUAAAGGGCUAAGUCUCAUUUUGCUCUGAAUCAACAAGAUGUGAGUUCUUUGAGAGUUGUAAAAUGUGGUGUUUUGAUUCUGCCGUGCUUGCUUCGCACUUGCAGGUCAA